UAGAGCGCGCGCACAUGUACAAACUGCUUUGAACAGCAUAUGCCCCUAACGCACAGCGUGUUUGAAUUGUGGAUUUAAAUGGUCCAGUUUUGACACAUUUGCGUUGCUCAGCCGCUGAGCACUGGGAUUUCACCUCGUCCUUGAGAGACCAGCGCAAGUCAUCCCAAAUUAAACAUCCCGACCCUUUUCACCUCUCCCGGCACUGAGGUAUCGCUUUCCUUCGAGACACGUGGACAAACCUCGCGCAACAUUAGGGGCUGAAGAGCCGGAGACUAUAUAAAGGGACUCAGACAGAGGGGGCGGGGCAUCCCAGCAGGGUUCAGUUGCUCACCGAUGGGUUUGUGGUCUGAAGACGAGCACUCAUCUUUAUCACACCCUUUGUAGGCUGAAGCAGACGCAAGGACAGAACCCUUCAACACAAGAAAUCUGACUGACUGUUUCAAAUAAUCUAACCACACUUUCACACUGUCUGCUGGGGGAAUGAAGACAGGUGAAGCUGGAGACAGGAUGUCUUCCAAGCGACCAGCCUCUCCAUAUGGGGGAACAGAUGGAGAGGUAGUCAUGGCGACGAGCAGACAGCGAUUGGAGGAUGAAGAAAGUGACGGACAUGCCGUCAUUCACUUGCCCCUGAGUUCGUACUGCAGCAAAGUAUCACCGCGAUCCCCCCGACUGCUCGACAGCCCCCCAACACUACACACUACCAUGGAUCAGGAUGGCAGUAAAGGCCUGGCCCUGAGCCCCUACCCCCAGCACAACUCAUCUACCUCACCCAGUAAGCAGCAGCACGAAGAGGGGUCCGCGCGGCCAGGGAGCGAACCCAGCUCUGCUUCGGCUCUAGGCACCCCAGAGAGACGCAAAGGCAGCCUGGCCGACGUGGUGGACACGCUCAAACAGCGCAAGAUGGAGGAACUGAUCAAAAAUGAGCCGGAGGAGGCCCCCAGCAUUGAGAGGUUGUUGUCUAAAGACUGGAAGGAUAAGCUAUUAGCCAUGGGUUCUGGCAACUUUGGAGAGAUCAAAGGCACCCCGGAUAGCCUGGCGGACAAGGAGCGGCAGCUGAUGGGAAUGAUUACGCAGCUCAGCAGCCUCCGAGAGCAGCUAUUGGCCGCCCAUGAGGAGCAGAAGAAACUGGCCGCUUCGCAGAUCGAAAAGCAGCGCCAGCAAAUGGAGCUGGCAAAACAGCAACAGGACCAGAUUGCACGACAACAGCAGCAACUUCUGCAGCAGCAACACAAAAUCAACCUCCUGCAGCAACAGAUCCAGCAGGUCCAGGGUCAGUUGCCUCCAUUGAUGAUACCAGUGUUUCCUCCAGAUCAGAGAACUCUUGCAGCCGCUGCGGCCCAACAGGGAUUUCUACUUCCUCCAGGGUUCAACUACAAACCGGGUUGCAGUGACCCUUACCCUCUGCAGCUGAUCCCUACUACUAUGGCAGCUGCCGCCGCAGCGACGCCCGGUCUCGGUCCUCUUCAGCUGCAGCAGUUGUAUGCGGCUCAGUUGGCUGCCAUGCAGGUGUCUCCAGGGGCCAAACACAGCACAAUGCCUCAGGGCAACCUGGCAACCGGCACACUUUCGCCCACCAGUGGCCAUAGCGAGAAAAACAGAAGCACCCCACCACCAAAGCCCAAGGACGAGGGCGCACAGCCCUUGAAUCUGUCGUCCAAGCCUAAGGCAUCCGAGAGCAAGUCACCCACCUCCCCCGCUUCCCCACAGGUCCCCGCCCUGAAGCUGGGCCCCGGAUCCCUGAAGAACAGCGCCCCCUCCAGUAUCGGAGGACCGCCGUCCAGACUCAGCUCCAUAGACCUGUUGUCAUCCAUCACCUCUGGUGGCUACCUGAACGACCACGAGGCCGUGACCAAAGCCUUCCAGGAGGCUCGACAGAUGAAGGAGCAGCUAAAGAGAGAGCAGCAAGUUCUCGACGCCAAAGUGGCGGCAGUCAAUAGCCUGAGUCUCAACAACGGGCGCUCAGAGAAGGAAAAAGCUGCCCUCGAAAGCCUCAGCCAGCAGUUAAAGCAGUCUGAGGAGAGUAAGUUCACUCACGCCAUGAUGGACUUUGGCAUCAGUGGAGAUUCUGAUGGAAGCCCCAGCGUGUCGGACUCACGGAUAUUCAGAGACGCCCGGGGUCGUGGCAGCAGCGAACCGCAUAUCAAGCGACCCAUGAACGCCUUUAUGGUGUGGGCUAAAGACGAGAGGAGAAAGAUUCUUCAGGCCUUCCCAGAUAUGCAUAACUCUAACAUCAGCAAGAUCCUUGGUUCUCGUUGGAAGUCCAUGACCAACCUGGAAAAGCAGCCAUACUAUGAAGAACAGGCCCGUCUUAGUAAGCAGCACCUGGAGAAAUACCCAGACUACAAAUACAAACCACGACCCAAACGCACCUGCCUGGUGGACGGAAAGAAACUGCGCAUCGGUGAAUAUAAGGCAAUUAUGCGUAAUCGUAGACAGGAAAUGCGCCAGUACUUUACCGUAGGGCAACAAGCGCAGUUGCCCUUGUCCUCAGGGGGCGUCGUAUACCCGGGUGCGCUGUCAAUGGCAGGAAUGCCCUCCCCCCAGAUGCCCUCCGAGCACUCGAGUAUGUCCAGUAGCCCUGAACCAGCCCCGCCCACCAGCCAGGCCUCUUACCUCAGCGCCCACAAACGGGAGGGACCCCGCGUGAAGGAGGAGGAUCUCAGAAUGGACGACGGCAACGGCGACGCCUAUGACGACUUCGACUACGAAGACGACGAAGGAGACUACGGCAGUGACAGCGAAAAUCACAUCGCUCACUAAACCCGUCCAUCACAGCCAUCUCACCGGUCACCUGGCAUCUCACGCAAGCAAACUUUAAUUCCGCCCCCAUCCACUCCUCCAGAGCCAAGCCCCUCCCACAGGAGUCUCGAUAGCACAGGACCUGUCAAUCAAUGUGACUGUUACAAGGAAAGGAGGGUCUUGUACUUGUAGAGGAUGCGUAACACUUGCCUUGACUUGUUCCCACUGAGGCAAGUUCAAACACGAGUAAGCUACGAGGAAACGUUUAUUAUUAAAACAGAGACCUGUCAGUUGACCUGUCAUAGACACUUUAAAAUGGUGGACCUGUUUGUUUCUAAAGAGACACUUUUAAACAGCUUUCUUCUUGGUUCUAUAAUAUUCUCACUCAGGUACACAGUGCCAACAAGUGGCUUGUGAAUGUGAUUUUGUUGUUUUUGUGCUACAGUUUUAAUAGAGAAAAAGACGUUUAUUUUCUUCUUCACCGUAAAAGAGCACCCGAUCAGGAGCGUCGACAAACAUUUACAGUUUUCGCAUCGUGCUCUCCCUUUCGGUCACACUCACGCCCGUGUCCUCACAGUCGACAAUGUCUUAUUUUUUUGUUAAUCGAAUGAAAGGAUGGAAGGGAGGAUUCAAGUCCCUUCACUCAGGAGUCUGGAUAACGCUGGAUGACAGACAAUCCCUCCUUCCUCGCAUCUUUUCGUAUCAAUACGCUUUUUCGGUUCCUUCCCUUCUCUGGAAAAUUCAGACGUGGACGUCUCUCUCAGGUGUGGAGACAAACUUUAUGAGAAAGCACAAACUUUGUGAUGUGACGAUGGUUAUUGUGGAGAGUCAAAGCCUUGAGCCUGUAUGUGUGCAGAUUUCUUUGUGUGUGGAUGAAUGCGCCUUUUGCUAGAUUUUAAGUUAAUUUUAUUACAUUUAGACGGUUGAUGUGCUGGUCAUGUGAACGUAAACGAAACGUUAAUAUUCAGUACGUAUGAUUCGUGCUAGCAGGCAGAUCAGUGGGAAACGAUCCAAACUUUAAAUGACACUGCAUUAGGAACACGAAAUCUCUCUCUUUAUUCUGUUUUUUUUUUUUCGUUUAGUUCUUUCACUGCAAAAAAUUAUAUGUUUACUUCGUAUUUUUGUCUUGUUUUCAGUACAAAUAUCAAAAAAUUCUUAAAUUAAGAUGCAUUUUCUUGAUGAGCAAAUCAAAAGAAAAUAAAAAAGUCUAGUUUUUAGACAAAAUUUUUUUUUUUUUGCUUUGUUUUAAGCACAAAUUUACUUAAAUUGUAUAUUUCUUGUCUAAAAACUAGACUUGUUUUCUUAGGUCAUUAUGCUCAUCAAGAAAAUACAUCUUGAUUUAAAAAUGUAUAGAUAUUUGUAUUAAAAACGAGACAAAAAUACUAAGUAAGAAAGUCAUUUUUUGCAGUGUCAUUCUCACGCUGUUCGUCCUCUUUGUUGUUCCCUCCUUUGUUCAUUUGUUUGGUCAUUCCUUCACUUAUCUUUCUCAUUGUUUCCCAAAAAACAAUCUUUACUUGUCAUUGCUUGGUACACCGAUCAUUGUAUCUCAUUCCAAAAAGAAAAACGAGAUGGUGAGAAAAAAGAGAGUUUACGCUUGAAUAGCGUAUUGAAGGAGGAGAAUAGAUUUUCUGUGUAGGACUUCACUCCAUCCUUCCCACAAGCCCCGACGCUCAGAGCCGUGUUUACAAAGGAAAGCUCCCAGCCACUGAGAGAAACCAGGUUUCUCCACAACAGAGUGUUUCAAUCAGCGCCCCUUAAUAUAUCUCUCAUCCACCGCAGGGGUUUGUGUUGGGCCCUUUUUAUUUCCUUCACUUCUCCAUCUAUCACUCUGUUUAUCUCUGCGGACGAAUGUCAAAGUCGUGCCAUCAGUCAUCUGGGCUCUGUGUGGCUCUGACUGACCCACUCCAUCUAACAGCACCUGUUGGCACGGCGACGGCAAUUGAUUGACGGCUGCCCUAACUCUAACUACUAUGCCAGCAUCUCUCUGGCCUGGUGUGGGCAUGAACGGCAGCUGGAUGAGAGAGAAACACAAGCUGUUUAGUGAAGUGCAGCCAGACUCUCUCUCUCUGUAUAGAUAGCACAAAAAUCUAUACUUUACAUUUCAACUUCACUCUUGAGAUUUUCGUAAAACUUGUUUAAGGUACUCUGACACCUGCAGUGCUAGCAAAGUGAUUUACCCUCUGAUGACCGACCGCAUUUCGCGUGAUCGUCCACGACUAGUUUAUUUGGUUCGAUCGGGGCACCACCCCGUCCGUAACAAUGGUUUUUACUUGUGUUUUGCCUCCAUGUCAUCGUCACUCUGCUGUUGAGGUCGGGAGGGUCCAUUACAGACUCUGCAUGUCUAUGUUUUAGUUUGUAUUUGCAAAUACUGUAUUUUAUUUUCAUUCAAACUGCCUCUAGUGUAAUAAUAUUAUUAACAAUAAUUAUAAGUAUAGGCAGCAUUUCCUAAGUUUAGUAAGUUAUGUACAGUAUAAUUUAUUAUUUUCAUCCCAUUGGAUUUUUUUUAUGAUCGUAAGGAAACUGCGCUUGACGAAGCAUUAUAUUUAGCUGGGUAGUUGUUUAGAUCUAAUUAUUAUGUUCGAUAUUUGGUUUGUUUUGCUUUUUUUAUUUGUUUUGUUUUGUCUGAUUAAUCCUGUUCCGGACGCUGGUAUAUCGCUGAGAAAUGGUCACGGUGAACUGCUGACAUGAAGGAAAAAGAGAUAUUUCUCUUUUUUUAUCUUUUCUUUUCUGGUCCGUGCAUCGUUCAUGAACUCCAAACACAUUUCUUAAAGCACUAGGACUCUGGAUGCUCGGAGAAAAAAAUAAGAAGAACAUGAUAUUUUUAUUUGUAAUGGUUUAUGUACAAUGUGAAGUUUCCUAUCUGUUUAAUUCUCUUUUACUGAAGAUAAAGAAAACUGCUAUAUUAUAAUCCCAAUUGUUAUUGAACAGGAGGAACGUGGAUCUUGUUUACUAAGAUUUUUUUUAUCCUUUUAUGAUUCAUUGGAACAUCAUUGGUUUGGACAGAUAUAACCCGAGUACACUGUAAAAAAAAAAACAUUUGUUGUUUCAACUUAAAAAAGAAAAUGUUUGUGCUGCCUUAAAAUUUUGAGGUAAUUCAACUUUAUAAAAAAUAUAAGUUAAUUUUUUUUACUAAAAUUAACUCAAAAUUUUAAUUUUACUUUUUUAAGUUGAAACAACAAAUCUUUUUUUACAGUGUACCUACUCAGUACAGUUCAUGGUUACAGUAUCAGUUAAAUGGAUAGUUCCAAAAUCAAAAUUUAUAUUAUUCCCAACAGGUUGAGCUGCUCAGUUUUGUCAUAAAGUAUACAAAAGAAAUGACACAAAUACUGCUGUUAAUAAACAACAGCAAAAAAAUAUUUUUAGGUGAACUGUUCCUUUAAGAAAGACAUGACCAUUUUUAUUCAUGAUCUGAUCCAGUGAAGCUCCAGUGAAUGGCCAUAUUAGAUGUUCCUAUCUGAUUCUUGUAUUGUUUUAGCUCCACACUUUGUCUCCCUGUCAAUCAAACUCUUAAUAGUCACAAUAACGCCUCGUCUGAUAAUCACGAAAUAGCAGCCAUCUGAUGACCGUUUCUUCACAUGUAUUAACCCCAAUCAUAUCAAUCAAAUAAAGGCACGAAUGCUGGAAGAAGUCUGGAUUAACAUACAGGGUCACAUGGUAACCUCAUGGUUUUUAUGAACACAUAGGUGAUGCAUUUUCUUACGACAAUAAUGAUGGCGACCUGUAUUACAAACAAUAAUAGAUAAGACAAUCAAAGUCACGUGUGGAGCUCAAAACAACGGCAACAAACGAAAAGUACUUAGAAACUUAUCCUAUACCAUCUCAACUUGAAAAUCGAGAAAGAUGAUUAUGUAAAUAUAGCAUAGAGUUAUAGAUUUAUAUUUUGUUCAUAACACAGUGUAAUAUAAGUUGUAUAUUUCUUUCUCUCUUUUAUUGAUGUUAUUCAUGCCACAAUAAAAGCAGGAGUUACUGUACUCUUAUGGAAAAAAGAAAAAAAAGGCAAGCCGUGGGUUACCACCAUCUGUUCUAAGUUGACGUUUUUCAGUAUUACUGCCAGUCAAGGCUCAAAUAAAAACACCAACGUGUUCUGUAUCUCUA